AUGGUUUACGUCUUCAAUUGUUCCGAGCAGAUGGACUACAAGUCUGUCGGUAACAUCUUCAAGGGUCUUGCGCAAUCUGGUGCAUGGGGCUGCUUCGAUGAGUUCAACCGUAUCUCUGUUGAGGUGCUGUCUGUCAUUGCCACUCAGGUGAAAUCCAUUCAAGACGCCUUAAAAGCAAAGAAAAAGAGGUUCAUCUUCCAGGGAGAGGAGAUUGGAUUGACACCCACUGUUGGUGCCUUCAUUACUAUGAACCCUGGAUACGCUGGUCGUACCGAGCUCCCCGAGAAUAUCAAAGCUCUAUUCCGUCCUUGCUCGAUGGUAGUGCCCAACCUGGAGCUCAUUAUGGAAAUCAUGCUUAUGGCUGAAGGUUUCGUGGAAGCCAGCUCCUUGGCGCGGAAGUUCAAUACUCUUUACAAACUUAACAAAGAGUUGCUGUCAAAACAAGACCACUACGAUUGGGGUUUGCGUGCCAUCAAGUCCGUCCUUGUCGUCGCCGGUGCUUUGAAGCGUGCCGACCCUCAUGUUCCUGAGGAGCAUGUUCUUAUGCGUGCACUACGUGAUUUCAACUUGCCAAAGAUUGUCUCCGAUGAUUUGCAGGUAUUCCACGGUCUCAUUGGCGAUUUGUUCCCUAAGGUAGAAGUCGCACGGAAAAGAGAUGAGAAGCUCGAGGACCAGAUUCGAAAAGCGACACUUGAAAGCGGGCUGCAAGCAGAAGAAGUAUUUGUGCUCAAAGUUGUGCAGCUGGAGGAGCUGCUAGCAGUUCGUCACUGUGUCUUUAUUAUCGGUAAUGGUGGUACGGGCAAAUCGCAAAUCUGGAAGAUGCUUGCGAAGACCUACGUCAACAUGGGGAAGAAAUGCGUGUACUCUGACCUCAACCCCAAAGCCGUCAGUACUGAUGAUCUUUUUGGGUGUAUCAAUCCUGCAACUCGUGAAUGGAAGGAUGGUCUAUUUUCCAGCAUCAUGCGUGAACUGGCCUCGACCCCUGGUACAGACCCUCGAUGGAUGAUCCUUGAUGGUGACAUUGACCCGAACUGGAUUGAGUCUCUGAACACGGUCAUGGACGACAAUAAGAUGUUGACCCUCGCAUCUAACGAACGUAUUCCUCUUAAGCCAAACAUGAGGUUAAUCUUCGAGAUUGGCGAUUUGAAGUACGCUACUCCCGCUACCGUUUCGCGUGCCGGUAUCUUAUACCUUAAUACCACUGAUCUGGGAUGGAAUCCUUUUGUGCAAUCCUGGUUGGACAAGCGGGAAGAUGCAGCCGAGAAGUCUAAUCUAAGCGUGCUUUUCGAUAGAUACGUCAAUAUCUGUUUGGAUGCAUGUCGAUCGGGACGGUUCAAGAUGGCCAGUGUCGAGGAGUUUUCCAUGGUCGUGACACUCUGCAAUCUCCUGGAAGGGCUGUUGACACCGCAGAACACUCCGAAAGGGUGCGAUAAGGAAUGGUUUGAGAUAUACUUUGUCUUUGCCGCAGUUUGGGCGUUUGGGGGUUGUGUUUUCCAAGAUCAGAUGGUGGAUUAUCGUGUGGAGUUCAGCAAAUGGUGGAAUUCGGAAUUCAAAACUGUAAAGUUCCCAGUGCAAGGGACGGUCUUUGACUACUAUGUGGAAACCGAAACAAAACGCUUCGUUCCGUGGACGGAUCGCGUCCCGACCUACCAGUAUGACCCGGAAAUGCCUCUUAGUGCAGUUUUGGUGCACACCCCAGAAACAACCCGCCUACGGUACAUGCUAGAUGUCCUGGCCGAUAACGGUAAACCGGUACUUCUGGUCGGAAACGCCGGAUGCGGAAAGACGGUGUUAAUGCAAGACAAGUUGUACUCGUACGGCGAAGACAGGUUGAUUGUAAACGUACCCUUCAACUUUUAUACCACAGCUUGGUCCUUGCAAGCCAUUCUCGAAAAACCACUUGAAAAGAAGGCUGGUAGAAACUACGGACCGCCUGGAACCAAGAAGCUUAUCUAUUUCCUGGAUGACCUGAACAUGCCAGAGGUUGACAAGUACGGCACUGCAUCUCCACAUACACUGCUCCGCCAAUAUCUUGACUACAAACACUGGUACGAUCGUAGCAAGCUAACACUGAAGGAAAUUCACAAUUGUCAGUAUGUUGCCUGCAUGAACCCGACAGCCGGUAGCUUCACCAUAAACGGACGUCUGCAGAGGCACUUUGCGACGUUUGCCGUCAACUUCCCUGGCGUUGAUUCAUUGCAGAGCAUUUACUUGCAGAUUUUAACAGGCCAUCUUAAAGGUUUCCCCAAUAAUAUUCAAAGGCUGAGCGAGAAACUGGUAGCGGCUGCUCUUCUACUUCACAAGAAGGUGGCAGCCACAUUCCUUCCGACCGCCGUCAAAUUCCACUACAUUUUCAAUCUCCGAGAUCUGAGCAACAUUUUUCAAGGCUUGCUUUUCGCGAGCAAGGACACGCUCCGCGAGCCAAUUGACCUUAUUCGCCUCUUCCUACACGAGACAAUGAGGACAUACGGUGAUAAAAUGGACGAAACGGACAGGUCUCAACUCCAAAAAUUCCAGCAAGAAGUUGUGAAGAAGACGUUUGAUGACAUGGAUCAAAAUGCGAUUAAUGCAGAGCCUGUCAUCUUUACCCACUUUGCCAGUGGAAUUGGUGACCCGAAAUAUGGUCAAAUCAAGGAAUGGAGUGCAUUGAAGAAGCUGUUGGACGAAGCUCAAAUGCAGUAUGAUGAAGUGAAUGCUGCUCAAAACUUGGUGCUUUUCGAAGAUGCGAUGAGUCAUGUAUGCCGAAUCAACCGAAUACUAGAGUCUCCUCGUGGAAAUGCUCUUUUGGUCGGUGUUGGAGGUAGUGGAAAACAGUCACUUGCACGCUUGGCUGCAUUCAUCAGCCAGAUGGAGGUCUUCCAGAUUACCCUGAAGAAAGGGUACUCCGUAACGGACUUGAAGACUGAUCUUGCAGGACUGUAUAACAAGACUGGAAUAAAGAAGCUACAGAUCAUGUUCUUGUUGACAGAUUCCCAAAUCGCUGAUGAGAAAUUUUUGGUCCUCAUCAACGAUAUGCUGGCAAGCGGUAACAUCCCCGGACUAUUCCCAGAUGAUGAAGUGGAAACGAUUAUCAACGCCAUGAGGAAUGAAGCAAAGGCUCAGGGACUGGUCGAUACCCGGGAGGUGUGCUGGGAUUUGUUCAUUAGACUGGUCCGAAGGAACUUGAAAGUGGUCCUUUGUUUCUCGCCGGUCGGCAACACCCUACGCUCUCGGUGUCGGAAGUUCCCUGCCAUUGUUAAUUGUACGAUGAUUGACUGGUUCCAUGAGUGGCCAGAGGAAGCUCUUCAGUCUGUCGCGACUCGGUUCAUUGCGACAAGUGACCUUGUUCCGGAUGAUCUCAAAAACUCUGUGACGAGGUUUAUGGCAUACGCUCACCAGAGCGUAAACACUGUUUCUAGAAAGUACUUGAUUAAUGAAAAGCGGUACAACUACACGACACCAAAAUCCUUCUUAGCGCUGAUUUCUCUGUACAAGGAGAUGUUAGAGCACAAGGCGCGGGCAUUGACUAAAAGUAUGGAGCGGUUAGAGAAUGGGUUGACCAAGUUGCAGAGUACGGCGGCCCAAGUGGACGACUUGAAAGCCAAACUUGCCUCUCAAGAAGUUGAAUUGAAAGCCAAGAACGAAGAAGCUGAACGCUUGAUUGAAAGGGUUGGCAUUGAUACAGAGAAAGUGAAUAAAGAAAAAGCCAUUGCCGCACAGGAAGAGAAGAAAGUUGAUGCUAUUACCAAGGAGGUGCAAGAAAAACAGGCAGAUGCUGAGAAAGAUUUAGCUGCCGCUGAACCGGCGCUAGCUGCCGCUGCGGGUGCCUUGGAUACUCUAAACAAAGCGAACUUGACGGAAUUGAAGUCCUUUGGUUCUCCUUCACAGGAGGUCGUAAACGUAGCAGCAGCCGUCAUGGUCCUGCUGAGUCCUCCCGGGAAGAUUGCAAAAGAUCGGAGUUGGAAAGCCUCAAAGAACAUGAUGGCAAAGGUCGACGCUUUCUUAGACAAUUUGAUCAACUUUGACAAAGAAAACAUCGAUUCCUCCAAUCUGGAAGCACUAGCUCCUUACCUUUCUGACCCCAACUUCAACGAAGACUUUAUGAAGUCUAAGUCUAUUGCAGCAGCUGGUCUCUGCUCUUGGGUCGUCAAUAUUGUCAACUAUUACCAUGUGUACCGAGAUGUAGAACCCAAGCGUAAGGCGCUUGAGGCGGCAAAUGAAACCCUUAAAGAGUCUCAAGCGCGUCUGGCAGAAAUUCAAAGCAAAAUCGCCGAGUUGGAUCGGAACUUGGCGGAAUUGACAGCGCAGUUUGAGAAGGCCACGGCCGACAAAUUGAAGUGUGAAGAGGAAGCCCGAGCGACCCAAGAAACGAUCGUUCUGGCCAACCGAUUGGUUGGUGGUUUAGCAUCUGAGAAUGUGCGUUGGAAUGAAGCUGUUGCAAAGUUCAAGGAGCAAGAGAAGACGCUAGCCGGUGAUGUUUUAAUGUCUGCCGCGUUUGUGUCCUAUGUGGGAUGCUUUAGCAAAAGAUAUCGCGAGGAGCUACUGCAAGACUAUUGGUUCAAAUUCCUCAAGGAUGAAUCCAACCCGUACAGAAUCUCACUUUCUGAAGGACUUGACCCCUUGGAUAUUCUGACGUCGAGUGCGGAAAUUGCCAAGUGGAACAACGAAGGACUGCCGAAUGACCGAGUCUCUGUCGAAAACGCGACGAUGGUCACUAGUUGCAAACGAUGGCCACUUAUCAUUGAUCCUCAGUUACAAGGUGUUACCUGGAUCAAGACUCGCGAGGGUCCUGGACUAAAAGUCGUUCGCUUAGGCCAGAGGGGAUACCUUGAUGCUAUUGAGAAGGCUGUUUCAUCUGGAGACACAGUCCUCAUAGAAGAUAUUCAGGAGAGCAUCGAUCCAGUGCUUAAUCCCUUGCUGGGUCGUGAGACUAUCAAAAAGGGGCGGUAUAUUAAGAUGGGAGACAAGGAAGUUGAAUAUGACCCUAAAUUCAAGCUCAUUCUUCAAACCCGUCUUCCAAAUCCCCAUUACCCACCGGAGAUUCAAGCCCAGACGACUCUUAUCAAUUUCACGGUCACAUUAGCUGGUCUUGAAGACCAGUUGCUAGCUGAUGUGGUCAACGUCGAGCGACCAGAUUUGGAGAAAACAAAAGCUGAGCUAACCAAGCAACAGAAUGAGUUCAAGAUCAAAUUAACUGAGCUUGAAGAUGCAUUGCUAUCUCGAUUGUCUGCGGCACAGGGUAACUUCCUUGGGGACACUGCCUUGGUUGAGAACCUUGAGAUUACAAAGAGCACUGCUACAGAUAUUGAGCAGAAGGUUGAAGAGGCCAAAAAGACGGAAAAGAAGAUUAACGAAACUCGUGAGCUGUACCGUCCUGUGGCUGGCCGUUCAUCCCUACUCUACUUUUUACUUAACGAUUUGUGGCAAAUUCAUCCGAUGUACCAGUAUUCGCUCAACGCAUACAAGGUGGUUUUCCAAAAUGCUAUUUUCCGGGCUGAUAAGAGCGACGACAUUAAAGAACGUGUCAACUCUUUGAUUGACUCUAUUACCCAUAUGGUGUUUAUUUACACCACGAGAGGAUUGUUCGAGAGGGAUAAGCUUAUUUUCCUGGCGCAGAUGACUUUCCAAAUCCUCAUCAGUCAAGGCGACAUGGAUCUUCCUGAGUUGGAUUUCCUUUUACGCGGUCCUCGUGCUGUGAACGUGAAAAGCCCAUUUGACUGGCUGAGCGAUAGCUCAUGGGGAAUGGUCAAGGCUGUGUCCAACAUGGAGGUAUUCAAAUCUUUGUCGUCAGAUAUUGAGGGCGGAUCGAAACAAUGGAAGAAGUAUUGUGAGCUGGAGGUACCUGAAAACGAAAAACUGCCGCAAGAAUGGAAGAACAAAACUCCACUGCAAAAGCUCUGCAUUCUUCGUUGUUUGCGACCAGAUCGAAUGACGUAUGCGGUUCGGAAUUUCAUUUCUCAAAAGAUGGGAUCAAAGUACAUUAACACUUCCCGGGUGCCGCUUCCACGGUCUUUCGAAGAAUCUGGCCCUGCCACACCCAUCUUCUUCAUCCUCUCACCUGGUGUCGAUCCCGUCAAAGAAGUAGAAGCCCUUGGACGUACACUUGGAGUUGCAGAAGACAAUGGAAACUACCACUAUGUGUCUCUCGGUCAAGGACAAGAAGUGAUUGCUGAACAGAAGUUGGACUUGGCCUACAAACAGGGUGGAUGGGUCAUGUUGGAAAACAUUCAUUUGGUAGCAAAGUGGCUACCCGUUUUGGAGAAGAAGCUCGAGGCACUGUCAACUGGAUCUCAUCCCGAUUUCAGGGUAUUCCUGUCUGCUGAGCCAGCCGGCGACCCCGCCUAUCACAUUAUCCCGACCGCCAUUCUCCAAGCUUCCAUCAAGAUUACCAACGAGCCUCCAACAGGAAUGCAAGCUAACAUCCACAGAGCUCUCGACAAUUUCACACAAGAGUCUUUGGAACGAUGCUCUAAGGAUGCAGAAUUCCGAGGCAUUCUUUUUGCUCUUUGCUACUUCCACGCUGCUAUCCUUGAACGACGAAAGUUUGGUACACAAGGAUGGAACCGACCUUAUCCCUUCAGCACGGGUGAUCUGACCAUCUCAGUCGACGUGUUAUAUAACUAUCUCGAGACUUUUGCAAAAGUUCCAUGGACGGAUCUUCGGUACAUGUUUGGAGACAUCAUGUACGGUGGGCACAUUUCAGAUGACUGGGACCGACGACUUUGCUCUGCGUAUCUGGAUGUAUAUAUUCAGCCUGAUAUGUUUGAAGGCAGUUUCGAGCUUGCACCUGGAUUCCUCAUGCCACCGACGUCGGAUCAUAAAGAUUACCAUCGCUACAUUGAUGAGAACCUGCCAUCCGAGAGUCCUUACCUGUACGGUCUGCAUCCAAACGCCGAAAUUGGUGUGUUGACGAAAAGUGCCGAUACCUUGUUCCGUACGAUCCUGGAAAUGCAACCUCGUGACACAUCUGGUGGUUCGGCGACAAGCAAGGAAGAAAAAGUAGGCCAAGUCAUCGAGGAUAUCCUUGGCUCACUUCCAGAUCCAUUCAACGUAGCGGAGCUCAUGGCGAAGGUGGAAGAGCGCACACCAUAUAUUUCGGUAGCUCUUCAAGAGUGCGAUCGAAUGUCAUGCUUACCACCGAAAUUCGACGGUCCAUUCGUGAACUCCACUUGGUCUCAAGGGUGA